AUGACAAUUCAAACGCCCCAAGUCCGAAUCGUGGAAGUAGGACCCCGGGAUGGCCUGCAAAAUAUCCGCGAAAAAGUACCCACGCCAACGAAGUUGGCGCUCAUUCAACGUCUUCGUGAUGCCGGAUUACGCACGAUCGAACUUACAUCGGUCGUCUCGCCGCGUGCGAUUCCACAAUUGGCGGAUUGUCGUGACGUACUCGGAAAUUCGUCUGUGAAAGCACUUCUCCAGCAUGAUCAGGCGGGUCUGCGGUUUCCGGUGCUUGUGCCGAAUGUCAAGGGUUUGGAAAUUGCGACACAAUAUGGUGUGAAGGAAAUUGCUGUUUUUAUCAGUGCCACGGAGGGGUUUAGUAAAGCGAAUAUCAAUUGCUCGGUCGAGCAGGGGAUUACGAGGGCUAGGGAAGUUGCUGGGUUGGCGAGAAAGGCUGGUGUUGUUGUGAGAGGAUAUGUAUCUUGUAUCUUUGCCGACCCAUACGAUGGUCCCACUCCUGAAGCUGCCGUUUUGCACUGUGUUACAUCCCUGCUAGACGCAGGCUGCUAUGAAGUCAGUCUCGGGGAUACCCUGGGCGUUGGAUCACCCGCAAACGUGCGCAGUCUUAUCCAAUACCUGACAAGCCACGGAAUUCCCAUGGAAAAGCUGGCUGGCCACUUCCAUGAUACAUACGGGCAAGCCGUAGCCAAUAUCUGGGAGGCAUACAGCUGCGGAAUGCGAGUAUUCGACAGUAGCGUCAGUGGACUAGGCGGCUGUCCCUUCGCGCCAGGUGCAAAGGGUAACGUCGCCUCUGAAGACUUGGUGUACAUGUUCCAGAACGCUGGAAUCAGCACAGGCGUGGAUCUAGCCAAGCUAGUCCAGACAGGUGAAUGGAUAUCCCAGCAACUCUCCCAGUCCAACUCUAGUCGAGCCGGGAAAGCUCUGUCCAUCAAGUCGCAGCCCAAGAAGAACUCAUCACCCACAAACAUCAAAUCUCCCAAUUCUAGCGCCAAAAACACACCAUUCCUAGAAUGGACCCUGAUCUCCUCCCCUGAAGGCCUGCACAUUCACCGCAACGGCUCAAACCUCAAAAUAACCCUCAACCGCCCCAAAAACGGCAACACCCUGACAUCCACCAUGCUCACAACCCUAACCGAAACAAUUCAAACCGCCAACUCCGACUCCCUCACAACCCGCAUAAUCAUAACCGCCACCGGCCGCUUCUUCUGUACAGGAAUGGAUCUCGGCAAGGGAACUUCACCCGUCGCACAAGGUGGUUCCGCAUCAGACACACAAUUCAACCGCCUCACAGCGCUCUUCGAAGCCAUCGAUACUUCGCCCAAGGUUACCAUUGCGGCCAUGAAUGGGCCCGCAUUUGGUGGGGGUGUCGGUCUUGCGUUUGCGUGUGACAUACGUCUUUGUACGUCCACUGCAGGAUGUACACUCAGUGAAGUUAAAUUGGGACUUGCUCCGGCGACUAUUUCGAAGUAUGUCGUGAGGGAGUGGGGUGUUUCGUUUGCGAGGGAGGCGAUGUUAUCUGCUAGGAGUAUUGGGGCGGAGGAGUUGGCUGCGAGGGGGUUGGUCAGUGGCGUGGGGGAGUUAGAAGGGUUGUUGGAUGCGUUGUUGAUUAGGUUGAAGGGUUGUUCGCCGGGAGGGUCAAGGAUGUCGAAGGAGUUGGUUAAGUUGGCGUGGGUGCAUGGGGGGCGGGAAGGUCAGGUUAGUGGGAUUAAGGGGGUCUUUGAUGAGAUGAUGAGGGCGGAUGGGGAGGGAGCGGUUGGAUUGAAAGAGUUUCAGGCGGGGAGGAAGAUGGAUUGGGAUGCUUUUGUCCUUGGGCAGGGUCAGGCGAAGGCGAAAUUGUAG